GCGAUUGCACAUUUUUGACCCCAAUCGCGAACCGUAAACUGUCCCUCCCGAGCCUCCGUAGUGUCAAACCGGCGCAUAGGCUGGAUGUUCAAAUAACUCGUGUCCACUGAUUCAAACAGAGAAUUAGAGAAGCCUCUCACAGCGAGAGAACCAUCGACAUGUCUGUUCAAACGACGAACCCCAACAACCCCAUCGUGUUCUUCGACAUCACCAUCGGAGGGCAGGAUGUUGGACGGAUGAAGAUCGAGCUGUUUGCUGAUGUGGUUCCAAAGACAGCAGAGAAUUUCAGGCAGUUCUGCACUGGAGAAUUCAGGAAGGAUGGGGUCCCGAUUGGUUUCAAAGGCUGCACAUUCCACAGGGUGAUCAAAGGUUUCAUGAUACAAGGAGGGGACUUUGUAAACGGUGAUGGCACUGGUAUCUGCAGCAUCUAUAGGGGUCCCUUUGCAGAUGAAAACUUCAAAAUGAAGCACUUCACGCCUGGUCUUCUGUCGAUGGCAAACAGUGGUCCAGGAACAAAUGGCUGUCAGUUUUUCAUUACCUGCACUAAAUGUGACUGGUUAGAUGGGAAGCAUGUUGUUUUCGGAAAAGUGGUGGAUGGUUUGCUGAUGGUGAGAAAAAUUGAGCAUGUCGCCACGGGGCCCAACAACAAGCCCAAACUUCCCAUCGUCAUCGCGCAGUGUGGAGAGAUGUGAUCAGCUUGUUCACAACAACCAGUGUAAAAGCUACACAUCCUCUGUAAACAUGAAGCUGUGUCUAAAUGUUGUUGGAUGCACCGCAGCAAAUGUCAAUCUACAAAUGUUUUUCUAUGAAUGACAUUAUAAAGUUAAUUCGAUCAAUUUGGCAAUUUUCCUCGACCUAAUCCCCACUUGAUAGCUGCUUCUAAACCCAGAUAAGAUGAGCUGCAUAUCAGGUGGGUGUUGGUACCUGAAGGAUGUCAUGUGGGUUUUAAAUUAAUUCGCUGAAACUUCAUGUGGUUGACAAUUUGUGUGUCCUGUGACUGAAAUUUAAACACACUUUCACUUAUUUUCAAUAAAUUGUUUUACAUUUUUUAUAA